GUCGAGCCCAUCUCCCUCGCGCUCCCGCUCCCGCUCCCCGUCGUGGGCUUUGCAAAGUCGCGCGUGGGCUGUGCGCGCCUGCGGCUUUUUGAUGGAACGCGUCGCGGUGGUUGGCGCGGCGAGGUGAGGCGCCAACCAACCCGACCCGACCGAUGGGGUCGCCCCUUUUUCUGGUGCACCUAAAGCUGGGCCGCACGCACGUCGCACCGUACGAGAUGGGCGCACCGGCCGGCGCCACCGCGCGCGGUAAAUGCCAACGUGCGGCCGCCGGAGACGGGCGGCGAGACGGUUGGGCCGGCCGAACAGAUGCCGCGUGCAUGAUAGGUGGGAAUAAGUCCACUUUGACUCCCUUAAAAGCAACCCGAAUCUAAUCCGUGGCCUUAAACUACAAAACCAGAUAUCCUGACCUCCUCAAUUGUUAAAACCGGUGUAAUUUGAUUCCCUCAAGCGGUUUUAGAGAGCGGUUUUGUUGAUGUGGCGCUUGACCUAGUCAAACUAGCUGACUCAGCAUGUGGGACCCACACGUCAGCGUAACAUUUUUUCUAUCUCCUCUCUUUUUCCCAUGCUGUCUAACAGCAACCGAUGCAGAUGCGGAUUUGUAACGAUGGCGCCGCCGCGGCCACACCUCACGGCACCGGGUACGGUGGCCACCUCGCCGACACCGCCGCAGGCGGCGCUUUUUUCUCCCGCUCCGCAUCGUCGGCCUCGACCUCCGCGACAGCCACCUCGCCGACACAGCCAUUUGCUCGGCGACCGGACGACUCGCCGCCACGGUGGUCGCCGAGCUCCGCCGGGCCGCCCUCAUCGCAGCCGUCGGAGAACACCGCGACGUGCACCAACGACGAACCGCGUCACGGCGACGGUGCACCGGACGCCGCCAUGACCACGAAGACGAGCGGUGGCGGCGGCGGCGCUGGUGGGAGGGGAGGCCGACAUAGCGUCGCCUCGAGGCCGCGAGCGCCGACGGCUCCCUCGAGCUCUGGCUCCCCUCCCCCGGCACCGUAGGCUCCUUCGCCCUCGCGGAGUCCGUGGCGCACCGGCCGUCGCCAUCGAGGAGGGUGCUCACGAUGGAGUGUGUGUGUGUGUGUGAGGGGGGGGGGGGGGUUGGGUGCUCGACCAGAGUAUGCGGCGGUGGAGCGACGCGCGUCAGAGCCGUGGUCAAGACCCUCCUCGCCGGCGAGCGUCACCUCUGCGACGAGCUGUUAGCCUCCGACGAGGAGCUCGGCCACGAGUGGUUCGCCGAUGUCGCCAGGAGAUGCCUCCUGCAGCUCAUCGGCUUCGCGGACGCCGUCGCCAUGUCCACACCGGCGACGGAGAAGCUCUACCGCAUGCUCGGCAUGUACGAGGCACUCACCGCCGUCGAGCCGGACAUCGAAUCCCUCUUCACCGGAGACGUCCGCGACUUAUUCUCCUCCGAGGUCACCGGCGUCGUGGCGCAGCUGGGCAACACCAUCCGCCACACGAUGACGAUCGACCAGUUCGUCAACGUCAUCCACGGCGAGUCGUCGCGGCGACCAGUCCAUGGAGGCAAGAUCCACCCCAUGACACGCUACGUGCUCAACUACUGUGGUCUCCUCGCUGAGUGCCGCACCACGCUCGACAUGGUCCUCGCCGACAACAACAACACCAACGAUGACCACCACGACGGUGGCGGCGCCUCAUCGUCAGGGCGGUGCAUGCGGGAGCUCCUCACUCACCUCCUCCGCAAGCCGGAUGAGAAAUCCAGGCUCUACGACCACACCGGGCUGCAGAACAUCUUCCUCAUGAAUAACCUCUACUGCAUCGUGCAGAAGAUGAUGGAGGAGGAAGAAGAGAUAGACCCACAGUGGGCCCCACUUUUUUUUUUGCGCGAAUGA